CGGGGUCCUGCGGCGCUCGCUCGCGCUUGGGGGAGGCUGUGGCGGCGGUGGCGGCAGAAGCGACAGCAGCGAUGGCGGAGUACGACGCUUACGACGACCGGGCCUACAGCAGCUUCGGCGGCGGUCGCGGGUCUCGUGGCAGUUCUGGCCUUGGCCCACGCAAACAGAAAGAGCUACCGACAGAGCCCCCCUUCACAGCAUACGUCGGAAACCUUCCCUUCAACACGGUUCAAGGAGACAUCGAUGCCAUCUUCAAGGAUCUCAGUGUAAGGAGUGUGAGACUAGUCCGAGACAAAGAGACAGACAAAUUUAAAGGAUUUUGUUACGUAGAAUUCGAUGAGGUUGAUUCGCUGAAGGAAGCACUGACAUACGAUGGAGCGCUUUUGGGUGACCGGUCGCUCCGAGUGGACAUAGCUGAAGGCCGGAAACAAGACAAAGGUGGUUUUGGUUUUAGAAAAGGUGGCGGCCCCGAUGACAGAGGCAUGGGCGGAGGUCCACGGGAAUCGCGAGGAGGUGGAUGGGAAUCCAGAGAUGACUUCAAUUCUGCAGGCUUUCGAGAUGACGACUUUCUGGGAGGCAGAGGCAGAACGCGUCCUGGAGAUCGGCGAGGAGGCGGUCCACCAAUGGGGGGCACUGGUCGCUUUCGGGAUGGCCCCCCUCUUCGUGGGUCUUCCAUGGAUUUCAGAGAGCCAACAGAAGAGGAAAGAGCCCAGAGGCCCAGACUCCAGCUCAAACCACGGACGGUUGCUACUCCCCUCAACCAAGUAGCCAACCCCAACUCUGCGAUCUUCGGUGGAGCCAAGCCAAGGGAGGAAGUAGUAAAGGGAGAACAGGAAUGAGGGGGCGACAUUGGGGCGAAAUUGGGGAAUGGGGUUGAGGGAGGGACAUGGGGAGGGUGGGAAGGAAGAAAAUGCAAGACAGCCCAGAGUGUCUCUACCUGUGCUCGAACAUUAACCCUGCGGCCACCGUUCCUGUCAUCUGACACUUGUCCUCCUUGAAACAGAAAUGGAAAAAACAAACAAACCAGAGCUUGUGAAUGCAUGUCAGCUGUUAACAAGUGGUUUUUAGUACGUUCUUGGCUUUGCUGUAUUUAGUGCCUGCAUUGUAAUAAGUUCCUCCCUGCCCGCCCCACCCCGCCGAAACCGUGGUUCAUGGCUUUUAGCCACUAAAGCACUCCCCUUUUUCACAGAUGUGGACUUCUCUAAACUGAGGUGCUUCUCCAUCUUUCUUCCUCCAGCUUUUCUUCCAAGACCCACAGGUUAAGUCUUGAGGCCUGUUUACGUAUCGUUCCUUCCAACUUGCGCGGUGCUUCUCUUCCCACUGCACGUUUAUCCCUUUCUGUGGCCCUCAACUCAGAGUCCCAGCCACGUGAAAGACACUUGAGCCCUAGAAUACUGCUCUCCAUAGAAUUAGAUAGCUUACAUAAAUGAUGAAUUAAAAUAGGAUCACCACCUUGGGUCACAUGGCACUAUGGAAUUGAUGUGAAGUUGUCAGUUGUGGGGUUUUUUUGCAGGCAGCUUUAAAAGAUGUAAAGAUUUGGAGUGGCUACAAGAGCAGGGAGGGGUAUCGGAGCUGAGAUCCCAUUCAGAGCACAUUACCUCUGCCUGUUCUAGAUAGACCCCAAAUGUAUCAAGCUUAGAGUGGAAGGCCUUUCUUGCAGUCUUGUCUUGCCCAACAUAAUUCUUCCUUGCACUCACUGGUCGGUGCUAUAAAUCAGUGCCUACUCAAGCCCCCAAGGACUGCCUCUUCCAGCUUUUCAGUUUUUAAAACACACUUGCUACCAGCUUUUUAACUAGUUUCUUAAAACCAGUAGUUUUAUUUUGUUUUAUUUUGGCUUCGUUUGAAGGAGUGUCUGGCCUUUCCCACUCUGGAAUCGGCCUCCGUGACUCCCUACUAGAUUUUAGUUAACCCUUCCCUCCCAAAUUGGCACUGAAGGAUGCAAAGGCCUGAUUAAGCAUCUCCCAAAGAGAUAGCACUAAACUGAAUCUCCAUACCUGAAGGGAUAUUUUGCUCUGCUGGAAACUUUGAAUGCAAGUCUGAGGGAAAGGUAACUGGACAGUUGUGUAUAAGUCGAGAGGGGAGAGCAUCUUUUGUUAAGGUGUCCACAUCAGCCCUGGUUAUAAGGCUUUUAGUGUUCAUUCUGGGCAAGGUGGCUGCUUAACACUACCAAGGAUAGGGUAGGAUGUCAAGUUGUAGUGGGAGUUUGCUCUAGUACAGAUUCUAGAGCUCUACACUGCAGGGGUGUGAUAGCCCCCUCUCCCCCACUCCAUUAAAAUAAGCCAUGUCCACUGUGUAAAAACAGAAGGCGGCGGUCCAGUUAGAUUAACACAAUAGAUCCUCUCUGGAAAUAGAUCAGUCUCAGCAAUGUAUGGAAGUAGAAAUAUCUCUUUAUUCUCCCACUCCUAUCUUAAAAGCUAUUUUUUGAAGAUAAGAACCAUUUGAUUUAACACUAAUGUUCUUUGACAUGCAUUUUUGUGUGGUUGUGUUCCAAACAAAAUCCAUCCAAUAACCCUCUCUUUUGUUCAAAAAUGUGGGGAAGACCCCAAGAUUUUAAGAACCCAAACAAAACAAAAAAAGACUCCCGUGCAGAGCUCACUUAGAGUCGAUACAUUUGACUUUUAAAAUGUGUAAAAAAAAAAAAAAAACCCAAAAAACCUUCCAGACACUUAACACAUUCUGCUUCAUGAUAAAGUAAAUUUAUGGAUAUGGUAUUUUGUGAAUGAUCUUUUAAAUAAAGAAAACAUUAAGUAAUA